CAAUUUACAUUUUCUUAUGAAAAUGAAGUCUGCAAACAAGAUUACUUUAUUAAAUCACCACCUUCUCAGCUGUUCUCCUCUGUGACCUCUUGGAAAAAGCGGUUUUUCAUCCUGUCAAAGGCUGGGGAAAAGAGCUUUAGUCUUUCCUAUUAUAAAGACCAUCAUCACCGAGGUUCCAUUGAAAUUGAUCAAAAUUCCAGUGUAGAAGUUGGCAUAAGUAACCAGGAAAAGAUGCAAUCUGUGCAGAAGAUGUUUAAAUGCCACCCUGAUGAGGUCAUGUCCAUCAGAACCACUAACAGGGAAUACUUCCUCAUCGGCCAUGACAGGGAGAAGAUUAAAGACUGGGUCUCCUUCAUGUCAUCAUUUCGCCAGGAUAUAAAAGCAACACAGCAGAACACAGAGGAGGAACUCUCAUUGGGUAAUAAAAGAAUCCUCUUCUACUCCAGCCCUCUCCUUGGCCCUUCCAGCACAUCAGAGGCUGUUGGCUCCAGCUCACCAAGAAAUGGUCUCCAAGACAAGCAUUUAAUGGAACAAAGUUCUCCAGGAUUUAGGCAAACUCACCUACAAGAUUUAUCAGAAGCCACUCAAGAUGUGAAGGAAGAGAAUUAUUAUCUUACUCCUCGAAGUGUUCUUUUAGAGUUGGAUAAUAUUAUUGCUUCCAGUGAUUCUGGUGAAUCCAUUGAAACUGAUGGUCCAGACCAGGUCUCUGGAAGAAUUGAGUGUCAUUAUGAGCCAAUGGAAUCCUAUUUUUUCAAAGAGACAUCCCAUGAGUCUGUGGAUAGCAGCAAAGAGGAACCCCAGACCCUUCCAGAGACCCAGGAUGGGGACCUCCACCUGCAAGAACAAGGCUCAGGAAUUGAUUGGUGUCUUUCCCCUGCCGAUAUGGAAGCACAGACCACAAAUGACCAAAAGGGUAAUAUCCCUGAUGAAAGCCAAGUGGAGAAACUGAACGUUUUCCUUUCUCCUCCUGAUGUCAUCAACUAUCUUGCUCUCACAGAAGCCACAGGACGGAUAUGUGUGUCUCAGUGGGAAGGCCCCCCACGUUUGGGAUGCAUAUUUUGCCACGGAGAUCAUCUUCUGGCAGUGAAUGACCUGAAACCCCAGAGCCUGGAGGAGGUCUCCCUGUUUCUCACCCGGUCCAUCCAGAAGGAGAAAUUAAAGCUUACCAUCGGCAGGAUCCCAAAUUCAGAGACAUUCCAUGCUGCAUCCUGUACGUGUCCCUCAAAAUGCCAAAGUGCUGCACCUUCUCAGCUGGAUAAGCCUAGACUGAACAGGGCUCCCAAGAGGAGUCCGGCCAUUAAAAAGAGCCAGCAGAAAGGAGCCAGGGAGUAACGCACCCCAGAUCCAUGUCAGCAGAACCAGGAUGGAGCUGGGACUGUCCAGCUCUACCCCCUGCUGCUGCCAUGUGAUAGGAGACAGUCGGCACCCCCCUCUGAAUUUCUGCAUCUGCAUCUUAACAAUGGGGAUGACUAUCCCCUCUCUGGUUAUUGUAUCAGAGAUGUUAAGAGGGUCAUGUGGCAUGACUGGAGAACCUGGGGGAAUUGGAAGGCCUCAUUAUCUCAGCUAUUGUCCCAAACACCACAGACACAGAUUGGGUCAGUCUUUCAUGUAAUACAUGCUGUGUUCUGUGAGGAUGUGGUCCACACAAUUCCUUCUUUGUUAAGGGACAUACAGUUGCAAAUACUCACUGCAAGAAGGCAAGAUUCCCAAGGGAGACGUGAUACCCGAUCAGGCUUCCCAGACACCUCCUUCCCAAACAAACACCUCCUUCCCAACACCUCCUUCCCCAACACCUCCUUCCCAACACCUCCUUCCCAACACCUCCUUCCCAACACCUCCUUCCCAAACACCUCCUUCCCAAACACCUCCUUCCCAACACCUCCUUCCCAACACCUCCUUCCCCAACACCUCCUUCCCCAACACCUCCUUCCCAAACACCUCCUUCCCAAACACCUCUUUCCCAAACGCCUCCUUCCCAACACCUCCUUCCCAGACACCUCCUUCCCAACACUGCCUUCCCAACACCUCCUUCCCAAACCCCUCUUUCCCAAACACCUCCUUCCCCAACACCUCCUUCCCAACACCUCCUUCCCCCUUCCCCAACACCUCCUUCCCCAACACCUCCUUCCCAAACAUCCCCUUCCCAAACACCUGCCUCUCUUCAACCCCACAGGCCAGAGUGCUGAGACAGAGUGAGUGGCCUUUUGGAUUCAAUAAGUAUCUUGUUCUCUUAAAGACUCAGCAACGAUUUUAGAAGUCGCAGCAGUUUUACAUCACAUGCAGCCAAGAUCAGCUUGCUCUACAAGCAAAAACAGAACUACUUAGCACUUCAAGGUUGAAAGUUCUUCACUAAUGGAUCCAUUGACUAAUUGAUCCUGGAAGGCCAAAGGUAUAAAAUUCUUUUUUAUAAAUAGGAAAACAAAGGCAGAGAGCUAAAGCACUAAUCAAAUCGGGGGGUGUUAGAGCAAAAACAAGCUUCAGAAAGAGUAUUUUACCAUGCUUCACAUGGAAAAAAUUGAGCCCCGGAGCGAUGAAAGGCAUAUUUUCUUUGUUUCUCCAAGUUUCAUAACCGUUCAGUUGCAGAACCAAGAAUCUAAAACCAGCUCUGGGAAACAAAUGUCCAGAUGCCAGCCUCAUAUUUGAACUUGGAUUUGAAAAUACCUUCAGCACUUAGAAGAGACAUUCAAAUACAUUUCAUUUCCUGUUAUCCAGAUUGUUCGGAAAGUAUUAAAAAUUUUUCAUUUACAUGCUGAUAUGGUUUGGAUCUGUGUCCCUAACAAAUCCCAUGUCGAGUUGUGGUCCCCAGUGUUGGAGAUGGAGCCUGGUGGGAGGCAGCUGGAUCAUAAGAUCGUGGGGGUGGAUUUCUCAUGAAUGA